AUGCUUUCGAGUGAGCCACAUAACAGCGAACCGCCAAUAGACCACUCGCUUCCUCAUAUCGACACCUCAUUGCCUCCGAUCGAUACCACUCUGCCAGCGAUGGAGGAACACGAACAUCUUGACCAUGAGCUUCCUCCGAUCGACACCACGAUACCGUCCCUUCCUUCAAUUGACACGUCUUUACCACCACUCGAUACUACGCUUCCGGCCACGGAUGGGCUUCACACGGAGGAACCUGAUUUCUCAUUUCCGGAGUUGAACAAGAGCGACACUGAUGGCCACGGGGCGCAUGCGCCGGGAACGAACGGGUUUGACUUUCCAGACCAUACGCCCCAGUCCUCGACUCCCGUUCCCUCCUACCAGCCUUCAAUGAAUGACACGCAUUCGCAGCAGCCGGGUCAGCAGGAGCAGUCUCACAUGCACCAACAUUCACACCAGCACCAACCGCACCAACAACCAGGGCAGCCAUCGCAACCACAAAGCCACUACGAGCACCAAUACUCUCAGCAUCAACAUCACCCGCAACAUCAGCACACGCCUUCGCAACAUGGGUCGCCGUCGCAUCACACCCCCGGACAGGGACAAUCGACACCGCAACCGCACCAGCAACAACAGUACCAGCAGCAUCAGAACUCGGAUAUGUAUCAUAAUCAUCAAUCUAUGAGUGCCCCGUCGAUGCAGACCAUGGAUCAUCAUUCGAUGCAGGGGCAGCAUUCCCAGAUGCCACAGGCCCCCAUCGGCUCGCCCAUGCCAUCCAACAUGCCCCCGAUGACCUCAGGGGGCCAGUAUAUGACGGGUUAUCCUACCAACCUCGGGCAAAUGGGAAUGAACGCCAAUGCGCAGAUACGGUACCAGCUACCGGGCGACCCUAACAAGAUGCUAUCGGGCGGAAGACACAAGAAGGAGGUUAAACGUCGGACGAAAACCGGCUGCUUAACAUGUCGUAAGCGACGGAUCAAGUGUGACGAGGGUCAUCCUGUCUGCCGGAACUGUGUCAAGAGUAAACGGGAAUGUCUAGGUUACGAUCCCGUCUUUAAACAACAGCCAACGCCUUCUGCUAUUCAGCCCGCACCUAACCCGCAUCCUUCUUUGGUGGUCAAUCCUCAGGACCCCUCGACAUCGUAUCCUCAAGCUCCUCCAGGCUACGUUCCUGCCGCGUCGCAACCGUUUGCUCCUUCUGAGUCGCCCAGCACGUCAACCGACCGCUACGAUAGCUACGGAGCACCCCUUGAUCACACUACCGACGUGAACAAUCAGCAGAACAUGGCCAGCAUCCAGCAUGCCGUGGAAGGAGGCCUGCAGCCGACGGUCAAUCCGGCAGCAACCAAUGCUGCCGGCACUCCGUCGGAGGCUACCAGCUUUAGAGUAAAACAAGUCCAGAUUAGCGACCUUCUGGCGUUGCGAGGGAUCCCUCCACCUCCUCCUCACCCCAUCACAUCACUGCCGCCCAAUCGUCUCGAGGAGAUCCAAGCUGUGUUCCUAGCGACAUAUGCCCCUGCUAUUGACAAAUUCUUUGAAACACGGUGGUUUCAAGACAAGGCGCUGACCCAUCUAUUGGCCAACGCUCAGCUCAUGGCGGAGUAUUCAGCCCUGAUUGAUGCCUUCAACGAUCCUAACCUCAACGAUCCCAACGUGAUCGCCCGCUUGGAAAGUUUCGAAGCGUCGGUGGUUUGGAGCUCGAUGACCUUGUGCCGUCAUGUGAUGAACGUGUCAGGGGGUGCUCAGCCGGAAUACGAUCUGCUAGCGUCAGCCAAGCGACUGGACGUGAUUGAGGCGAUGAUCACGGGUGAACACCUGGACUCAAAUCCUCUAAGCGUAUUUCCUACUCGGGAACCGGCCGCCAAUCCUCCUUCGAUGCCGGAUCAGUUGACACAACGAUCAUUGGAUUUCUGGAGCGCCGUCGGAUACUUCCUGACGCUACAUGACAACGAAGCCAGCUCGGCCAAGGAGAUCGACGACACUUUGGCUCGCUGCCGGACGUUGUUGGACACGUAUGAGAACCGUGAUGUGAUCUAUUCGAUCGCCAUUGCGCGUCAUCUGGGACAGCGGUGGGCGGACUUCCCCCGCAGCUUCCCGCAGCCGAUCACAACGAACGAGAAGGACGCGGGAGCCAAGCUCUAUGUCGCACAGAAAUUCCUUGAGCAGGAAGCUGGCGGCAAGGGCACAACCCAAGUGAUCAAGCGCAUUUGCGGCAUGGUCGUUCGAUCUUGGAUUGUCUCCCGGGAGUGA